CAGGCACAUAGCUAGAAAGUGCUCUGUCUUCUCUGCAUAGAGGUUGAUGAGUUCUUACUAACCAACAAAUAACUAGAAUUUGCAAGUACUACUUUCUGAGCCAAUCAGCUGCCUGGCCAGAAGUGGGUGCCCCAACUUACUGUACUAAAAAAUUGCUGCAUUCAGUAUUUGACAAAAACUGUCUUGCUUAUUAUUCUUGCAUUUCCUCCUUGCAAUAUAGAUUUGGCAACAUGGCAUUUGCAGAUCUUCUUGAUCGAUUGGGUGGAGUUGGCACGUUUCAGAUCGUGCACAGUAUAUUUCUGGCAUUUCCCGUCCUCAUGGUGGCAACUCACAACUUCCUACAGAACUUCACCGCAGCUUUUCCAGCUCACCACUGUGAACCAAAACCUGGCAUCAAUGGCACCGAUGGUCUAACGUACCAAGAAUUUUUAAGGAUAACUGUGCCAACUGAUCAGAAAGGCCAACCAGAGAAAUGCAGGAGAUUUACUGAACCCCAGUGGAGCUUCCUUCAUCCCAAUGCCACAAUGGCAAAUAUCACAGGAAUAGAAACAGAGUCAUGUGUUGAUGGUUGGGUAUAUGACAGAAGUGUUAUCCGGUCAUCUAUCAUUACAGAGGUGAGUACCAUCAUAACAUUCCUAUUAAAUGUUAAUGUGCCCAUCUAGAAUGAUCUCUGUUGGCGCUGAUCCUGUAUUGUCCUAGCUUUGAUCAUUUAUUGUCUAAAAG